AUGUCGACCUUCACAUCCCUCACUGCCCUAAAGCCAUUCAAAACUCAAUGGAGGAUUCGUGUCAAGAUACUGAAGUUGUGGAAACAGUAUUUGAAUGUGAUCGAGACGAUGGAGAUGGUCGUUGUCGAUGAACUGAAUCAAACUAUGCAUGUUAGUAUGAAGAAGCAGUUCAUUAAAAAAUUUGAAAAUCUUCUAGAGGAAAGAACUACUAAGAUCAUCACUAAUUUUCAAGUCACUUACAAUGGUGGUAAGUUCAGGACUACUUUUCAUGUUUACAAGAUCCAGUUUGCUGCCAUGACGUCUGUCAGACCUUCUGAAGAUCUGGAUGCCACAAUUCUUGGGUUGAAGUUAGUGAACUUCGCUGAUAUUCACGAGGGCAAGUUGAAUCCUGAUUUUCUAAUAGAUAUUGUUGGACAAAUUGUUAGUAUUGGUGAGGUUGAGAUUCUCAAUGUUAACAAAAAACAGACCAAACGUCUAACAAUGACACUUCGUGACACCAGCUUACCAAAAGAUGAUGUGCCUUUGUCAUACACACACCCUAACCAAUUGACCAUUGUCAAUUCUGUUUCUGUAAGAGAUGAUUUCUUCUUACAUACCCCUCGCCGGACAAUAAGUGAAAUACUUGGUGCAUCUGAGGUUGAAAAAUGUGUGACUAUGGCUACCAUCAUGUCUAUUGACACUGAGUUUGGAUGGUUUAUGCUGACUUUCCGUGUUAUGGACAACACUGGCGAAACAAAGUUCUUAAUCUUUGAUAAGCUUGCCAUGGAAGUUGUAAAUCAAACAGCUGCACAAUUGACUGAAUCUGUGGAAGAGAUCCAAGAUCCAGAUGUACUCCCUCUUCCAAUUAGUAACAUUUGUGGGAAAACUUAUCUGUUCAAGCUAUCUAUUGAGAGUUCAAACAUCGUUUUCAACAGUGAUGUUUACAAAGUUACAAAAAUUGUUACCCAAAGUGACAUGGUCAAAGAAUUCUCAGAAAUAUCUGGAUUUUUGACUACCCCUGAUGUCAAGUCUGAUGAAAUGGGGUUUAUAACUCCCGAUGAACAGGUUCCUAAGAUGUUACUUGACAGCGGCGACGAUGAUAAUUCACCACAGUCAAAAAGGAAAAGCGAUGAGAUGAUUGACUUUGAUGAUCAUAAUGGAGAGCAGUCUACUUCUAAGAAAGCUUCUAAUGGGGACAUGAAGGCUUUGGCGAGUGAACAAAAGAUUUCUCUGAAGCCUGUUAAGAAAGAGAAAGUUGAUGACUGA